GCUCAAGGUUGAAAUCCUUUUCCAUAUGGGCGGCUGAGCUUGUCUCAAGUUUGUCCCCCAAUGACAGGGACCAUCUUGCCUCAAAGUUGCUGCUAUUGCUACCGACAACUUACCUUGCCUUUGUCCAUAAUUCAUGCUUUCAGAUAAAGAAUCACAAUGCCCUUCCCCUUCAUUACCCCCCUUAAUCCACCCCCUUGGAUCACCCCUUUAUUAAAUCAUCAUAAUUAGAACAACCCUCAUCACCACCCUAUAAAAAUACCUCCCUUAGCUUCAUCCCCCCAUUCCAUAUUGUAACUUACAGCAACUUACAACUUUGGGUAUAGCAUUUGAAGAAAAAAAAAUGGAAGGCAGUGUGGGUUAUGACAAUGAUCUGAAUCUCAGGGCAACUGAACUUAGAUUAGGGUUGCCUGGAACAGAACCAGUUUCCAUUGUUAGAAGCAACAAGAGAUCAUUGCAACAAGUAGCUGAUGAUGAUUGUGGAGUAAAUGGCUGCAAAUCUGAUGAUCAAAAUGAAACUGCUCCUCCUCCUCCAAAAGCACAAAUCGUGGGUUGGCCACCGAUCCGCUCUUAUAGAAAGAACAAUAUUCAGACAAAGAAAAAUGAGUCGGAGGGUGGUGGGAUUUAUGUGAAAGUAAGCAUGGAUGGAGCACCAUAUCUAAGAAAAAUUGACCUUAAAAUUUACUCUGGGUACCCUGAAUUAUUACAGGCUAUUGAGAACAUGUUCAAGUUCACCAUAGGUGAGUACUCUGAAAGAGAAGGCUAUAAAGGAUCAGAUUAUGCACCUACUUAUGAAGACAAAGAUGGAGAUUGGAUGCUAGUCGGUGAUGUUCCAUGGGAAAUGUUCAUCACAUCAUGUAAGAGAUUAAGGAUCAUGAAAGGAUCAGAAGCUAGAGGAUUAGGUUGUGGUGUAUGAGAAAAAAAACACUUUGCCUAAGAACAUGAAAAACACUGAAGAUCUCCAUUGAUGUCUCCUUCACGGAGAGGUAUCAUCAUCAGCUUGGGUUCUCGAAGGAUAUUUUUUUGGCUUCAAUAGAUAGUCAUCUCAGAGAUUCAAUGGACUGGGAAAGUUCUUGAAGGACUUAUUAAAGAAAUCCAGAUAAUAUGAAGGGUUCAAAGUGCAAAUUUGUAAGCAAAGAAUUGAUUGAAGAAAUUCAGCAAAUAGAUGUGGAUUAUCCCAAAGUUUUGAUUAUCGUAAUGUUAAAACAAAGAAACAAAAUUUGUACUGUAUAUCAGCUGUUUAUCUAUGUAUGUACAAUUAAAACUUAUAUGGGUAAUAAAAUGAUGUGUUUUUUUUCCA